UGGCGAGGCAAGUUUCAGGCGCAUCAUUUCUUGCGGUGCGGUUAGAGAAAUUUGGCUAGAGGAGACAACUUCGGAAGUACGCUCUUGCCCCUUCGUCUUCAAUCCCUAAUCUGUUUUUUCGUCGCCCGAAGCAGCCGACGCCGGCGAAACUUCGUCGAGGUCACUUCCGCUCCCAUAUCUUUGUCCAGUGGAAAGCAACCGUGCUCUUUGCGGUUCCUACCUUCAAAGAUACGCGAUUAGGACCUGCAUUGUAAGGAGGAGGAGAAGAUGGAGCCAGAGGUUGCGAGCUCGGAGAUGGUGCUGCCAGUGGUUCUGCCCUUCAAGCGGGUGCAGAUGUCUGACAAAUAUCCAAAAGGGCAGUCGAGAGGCCGCCAAUGGAAGCAUCUCAAGCAGAUCCUCCAAGCAGAGAAUUAUGCAUCCCUCCCUGCCGACGAACCCAACUAUUUAAGCAUUGAGUCACCUCCUUCUAUGUACCCAUCAAAGAAAUAUUGUGAUAUAACAGGAUUCGAGGCACACUACGUUGACCCAAGGACGACCCUACGCUAUGCAAAUCCUGGUGUCUUCAAGCGCAUUCGAGGGCUCACUGAUGACCAGAUACAAAGAUACCUGGCUUUGAGGAAUGCAGUCAUCGUUUUAAGAUAACUAUCAAGAGGCAUAUCCCGAUCUUACACUGGUAUUCAAAAGCCUUAGUUGCCUAUUAUGUCCACCGCUGCUUUGCUUUCUUGUAGUUGCACAACUAAUGCAGAUCAAUGCUUGGGAACCCAAAUUAUUAUAAGAUUUUGAAGCUUUCUCAGUUGACCUUGCUGGAAUUUGCUGUAUCGGAUGCUGUUGUAACCUUUUAAUUUAAUUAAUGGAUAUGGGGAAACGCCUCCAAUAAACAGCA